AUGGGUUCCUUCCACCACACUGCCCGCAACUGGCGCAUCAAGGUCGACAACGGCGUCACCAUGUUCCGAGUCGAGGUCAAAGACAUGCACGGUAACUGGAUUGAACGGACCAUCCGUUUGGACGACCACAUUGGCAACACCGAUGGCUGGUUCAUCUGGGGCGGAAAGAACUUCACCAGCACCGCCCGGAAUAUCCGCCUGGAGGAUACCGAGUGGGGCCCCAAGCUGGUCGCCGUGAUGCGCUCGAACAACGGUGGCGACCGUGGUGACCAGGGAAUGUUGCUGGGUGAUAAGAUUGAGAACCGGAACGGCGAGCUUCAUUUCACCGGUCCUUGA